AUGACUACCAUAGACACUACCGGCGGCUCACAGUCAGUGCCCAGCAGGGCGCCGCUACUAUUGGGCGUUGAGAUAUCUUUACUGAUGUUGGCAUUUUUAGCUACGGCGCUGAGGACGGGUUUGAGGAAGACAACCAUGGGAAGAAUAAGGAUGGAGGAUUGGUGUUGUAUUGGGGCUACAAUAGUACUAAUCAACAUGGUGGUCGUACACGCAUUAGGUACACGUCAUGGCAUUGGGAUGCACAUUUGGGACCUGAAUCAUGCAGGAGAUGAAGAUUUAAUUAUGAACCUCAAGACUGCCUACAUCGGCCGUAUCUUUUACCCAUUCGCAACAGGUCUUACUCGCCAGUCUGUUCUUUUCCUCCUAUUACGUAUCUUCCCGCAUAAGGUUUUCCGCAGAAUCUUAAUUGUUGUGGUGGUCAUCAACGCCCUUGUUUCAGUCGGUUCUUGCCUUGUAGUUGCAUUCCAAUGCAGCCCUAUCCAUACUGUCUUCACGUCAACAUCCUACGAAUAUCGUCCAAAGUGUUUAGACGGUCAAAACCUGGCACUGGCUAUACCUUCAAUGAAUGUUAUUUUGGAUUUGACAGUUGCCAUAUUACCGGUCAGAAUGGUUUUGGAUAUGAGUUUACCUACAAAGAGUAAAGCUUUUAUCUUGGGAAUGCUAGGACUAGGAGGAUGUGCAUGCGUGGCAAGCGGCUUGCGGCUGUUCUAUAUCCACCGGGGGUUUCAAAGCCAAGAUCACACAUGGGAAGCUGUGCCCAUCUGUAUCUUGGCCGUUGCCGAGGCCGCAAUGGGGAUCAUCGCCGUCAGCGCACCCGCAAUUCGCCCAAUGCUAAAAGGAAUGAACAUCCACAUCUGCUCCCUCCAUAUUAAAACAAAAUCCGACCGCGACUCCAUCAGCGAUCUCCGAACAACCAAAACCGGUGCCAACGGUACAAAAUCAUCGUUCGCACUCGGGAGUAUCAAACGGCCCGAGAAAUCAAAAGUGCGACUACAAAUGCGGGAUGGAGGAUCCGUGGAGAGGUUCAGACCGAAUGAGAUCAACAGGACCAUUACCGAAAUUGAGGCUGGUCAGGACCUCGAGAACCAGGAUGACAUAAGAGGUGACACGGGGCACGAAGAGCGGGAGGACUUUGCACCACGGCCUGGUUCGGGCGGCGGUCAGGUGAUUGUGAGGAGGAUGGAGGUUGCGGUGACGAUUAGCGAUCGACGGGUUUGA